UUCUAACACAGGGAUUAGGAUUCCACAGAAUCAGCAGAGCCUUUGCGGAGAAGGAACAAUAACCACCACUCAUCUCCAAACUUCCAAAGCCCAACAGGCAAGUCCAAGAUUUCAAAGAACCACCUCUACUCUCUCUACUGAGAAAAGAUCCAAGACUCUCCUGUCCGGAACCCCAAGGUCUGACUCUCCUUCUGUAGGAUGGAGCGUUCAACACGGGAGCUCUUCCUCAACUUCAUGGUUGUCUUCAUCACUGUCCUGCUAAUGUGGAUUAUCGUCAAGUCUUAUCAAAGCUAAUGAAGGUCCCUGCAGACAUGGAUGAAAGUUACUGUGAGAGUCUCUGCGAGCACCGGAGAGUAUUAUCUGCACAGCAGCAAGAUGUACCUUCUCCCGGCUUGUGUCCUUCACCUGCUCAAUGAACAUCAAGAUCAACUUUCACAUGUUUGUCCUUUAUUCUGUGUGCGCUGAGAAUUCACUGUUAAUGUGCACGAGGGUGUCUGUGAAUAAAUGAAUGGAAGUUAUGUUAAUGAUAUUUAAAUAGAAAAGCUGUGUUUAGUCUGUGAAUACAGAGUGAAGACUGGAACCUGCAUUUCAACUGUAGAAACAACGUAUAUGUCUUGAUUAGAAGCAGAAUGGGAUCUUUCACAUUUCUGCGGAGUCUGUGCAAAUAAAUAUUUCUACUGGAAA